UUUCUUCAGAAAGCAUGCUUAUGCUUAACAUUGCCCCCAUGUGAUGUGGUCAAAGAGAUCAAGAAAUUAAAAAUUAACUGUUACAAUAGUGUUAUUUUACGAGUGGGUUGACAGGACGAGGCAAAAUGCAUUCCGUGUGCAUGAGGCUCAUGAUCAAGCAAAGCAGCGCUUUGCGAGCUGCUGCAAAACUUAGUUCUUCUGUUUUAAUGGGCGCCCAACCAAAGUCCUGGCAGCUUUGCCACAAGAGCAAAUCUAAUGUCUUCAGUUUCACCCAGAGAAUGUGCAGCUCUUCUUCAGCCACACAGCCACAAAUUGAAGAGAGUGAGGAUGAAGAUCCAGCGGCGGCGGCAGCAGAAAAUGAAAAUGUUGGCACCAGUAAAGUGAUUUACUAUACUCCUGCAGAAAUAUACGAAAACCCGUCCUUGCUGACACUUAUCACAAAUGGGGAUCCAGAAGCUGAGAAGACCUUGCGAAUUUUGUGCCUGGAGCUCGACGUUUUUAGACAAUCCGGCAGAGAUGUGCCAGACAGCUUAAGCGUGGAGAGUUGGAAGGACCUGCUGCAAAUGUCGUCUGUGCACAAGAGAACCAAAUUUUACAGGUUCCUCUUCAUCAAAUCGUGCAUCAAAGCCAAAGAAAAGGAAAAGCGAAAGAGGAAAUCCGAGGAAUAUCUAGCUUAUUUGGAGCAGAAGAAGGAAAAUGCCGACGCCGACAGCGGUCACCUGAAGUAUGGUCUUAUGAACAAUGGAAUUUUACUGAGGAUAUACGAAAGCACCAUAACGGAAUACAACAACUACCGUCUAAUCAGGUGCAUGGAGAUGCAGGAGCAGAAGUUAUUCAUCGAUUGCGGCUUUGAACAAAACAUGUCGCAGCUUGAGAUCAGCAGCUUCUCCAAACAGCUGAUGAUCGCGUUUCGGGACAACAGGGCGCACGACCAGCCGUUCGACUUGCAUUUGUGUAACGCACGCCCAGAAGAUAGAACCUUGCAGGACAUGCAGAAAAGCAUGCCGACUCUAUUCAACAAGACUUUCCCGCUGAACAUAACAGAGAAAAAUUACACAGACGUGGUGCCAAAGAAGAACAUUGUGUACUUGACGCCGCACUGCCGAGAAGUGAUGGACGAGUUUGAUCACGAUGCUAACUACAUUAUCGGUGGAAUCGUGGACAGGUCGAAUCAAGAGCCUCUUUCUCUGGCCAAGGCGAAGAAAGAGGGACUGCGCAUGGCCAAGCUUCCUUUAGACCAAUACUUGAAUUGGGGACAAAGUGGUUCGAAAAGCUUGACAAUCAACCAGGUGGUAUGCAUAUUGCUGGAUUUGAGGAUGACAGGUGACUGGGAAUACGCGCUCAGGCAUGUGCCGAGAAGGAAGUUGAGGACUGAUGAAGAGUUUUUGAGGUCUACUUCGAAAUUCUCCAAACAUCGUAAUCCAUUUGCCAGUUGGGAUGAACGAGGGGGCAACCGGUUUAAACGGUAGAGGAGUAGCAAGCUUGUAUCUUCUUUAGUUAAGAAAAAAUAAACUUAUCUUGAUAAUACAAAUUUCUGC